AGCCAAUUGAAGCCAGAGCUUUUGACCAGCUGAUGCAUCCAAGCGAGGACGGUGCUGCUGAGCCUCAAACGAACGGUGCAUCGGAACCGGAGGCAAUUGAGGUCGGUCAGGAGGACUCGGCCGAGAGUCCGCGCAACGAGGAGGAGGCGGAGUUGGCGGAAUGGCAGCACAAGGUGGCUGCACAGCGAGAGAACAUCGCCCAAAGCGAGCGCGAGCGCGGCGAGCUGCGGGCAGAGGUGGAGAGGCUGCAGCAAGCAGUCGCCUCCCUGACGAGCGAGCGGGAUCGCCUCCUGCGCGGCGGCGCCGCCAGGGAUGCAGAGGACAAGAACCGCGAGCUGGAGGCGAAGCUCGAAUCCUUGAGGGAGGAGAAGACAGAAAUUGAGUCCGGCCUGGCGCAGCAGGAGGCGGAGCUGGCGCAGGCGCGACGCCUGGCGGCCCAGGCCGCUGAGAGCGGCGAUGCUGCGGCUGAAGAGCUCCGAGAGGAGGAGGCCCGGCUGGAGAAGCAGCAGCAGUCAGUGGCAGCUGCUGAGGCUGCUGCGGCGGCGGCGGAGCAGCGCCUGCAAAGUAUGGUUUCCGUGGAGGAGGUGCAGAGGUGCGAGAAAGAGGCCAAGUCGUACCGUGAGGCCUUGGUGUCCGUGGACAAGGAGGCCCGCCAGCUGCGAUUGGCCCUGGCCGACGCACUCUCCAGCGGCACUGACCUUUCCAUGGCGAAGCGGGAGCUAGAGGUCCUGCGCGACGCGCAGGAGGCCGCCUCUCAGCGCGUGAAGGCCCUCGAGUCAGUCAACGACCAGCUCGAGAACCGCAUAGCCCAGGUGGAGGGUGAAAUCGCCUCCCUGCGCAAGGGAACGGUGGACCUCCGCAGCGAGGAAGAUCUCAUGAGAGAGGUGAUCGUUUCGCAGAGCGAGCAGCUUCUGCGGCGGGUGGAGGACCUCACUGCCGAGGAGAAGCUGGCGGCAGAGGAUAGGAGGCAGCUGUUGGCCACGGCAGCGCAGCUGGCGGACGAGGUUGAGAAGGCGGAGGAGCGAGUGGCGAGGCACAGCGAGCUGGAGGAGCAGUGCAUACAACUGGAUGCGGCCCAGCAGACCUUGAGCGCAGAGGUGGAGCGCUUGCGCCGCACCAAUGAUGCCCUGUGCCAGCAAGUCCUCGGCUCUGAUGGAGAGGGCCCCUUCACCGGAGCUCUUGAGCAGGUCUCCGUGCUUGACGGGGAAGAGGACCAGGCCAUCCGUGAUGAGAUCGGCCGCCUGGUACGCGGCCAGCUUUUGCUCACCAGCCAAGCGGGCAGUGUCAAGGCCGAUGCGGCUGCGCUGGCGCUGCGGCUGCAGCAGUUGCUCGCAGAGCGCGAGGAGGCUUUUUGGGUCGAGCGGCAGCGGCUCUCCGACCACAUCAUCUCCUUAGAGCGGACCAACGCCAGCGUCAACGGUCGCACCAGCAACCUCCUGCGGCACUACGACGCGGCGGUGCGGAACGCGAGUAGUACAGAGCCUCCUGCCAGCCUAGUCAGCGGCGGCUUGAGACGGCUCCGCCAGACCAUUGGUGCCUAAGGGCAGUUGGCAACAAACAAACCUCCA